AUGCUGCGGCGGCUGGUUCAGCAGUGGAGCAUCGCGGUGUUUCUGCUGAGCUACUCGGUGCCUUCCUCGGGACGCGCCCUGGAGGGGCUCGGCCGCCGGCACAAAAGAGCUGUGUCUGAACAUCAGCUUCUCCAUGACAAGGGGAAGUCCAUUCAAGAUCUACGGCGACGCUACUUUCUGCACCACCUGAUUGCAGAAAUCCACACAGCCGAAAUCAGAGCUACCUCGGAGGUUUCCCCAAACUCCAAGCCUGCUCCCAACACAAAGAACCACCCUGUGCGAUUUGGGUCUGAUGAUGAGGGCAGAUACCUAACUCAGGAAACCAACAAGGUGGAGCCAUACAAAGAGCAGCCACAGAAGACCCCGGGGAAGAAAAAGAAAGGCAAGCCUGGGAAACGCAAGGAACAGGAGAAGAAAAAACGACGGACGCGCUCUGCCUGGUUGGACUCUCGAGUGGCUGGGAGUGGGCUGGAAGGGGACCAGCUGCCUGACAUCUCCGCGACUUCGCCGGAGCACAAUUUACGGAGGCACUGAAAUUUUCGGCAGAGGCCUUCAGAGAACAUACUGCAGGAUUUUGUAAUAGUGAACAUAUGGAAAGUAUUAGAAAUAUUUAUUGUCUGUAAAUACUGUAAAUGCAUUGGAAUACAACUGUCUCCCACAUUGCUCUAUGAAGCUGCACAUUGGUCAUUGUGAAUAACUUUUUUUUUUUUGCCAAGGCUAAUCCAAUUAUUAUUAUCACAUUUACCAUAAUUUAUUUUGUCAACUGAUGUAUUUAUUUUGUAAAUGUAUCUUGGUGCUGCUGAAUUUCUAUAUUUUUUGUAACAUAAUGCACUUUAGAUAUACAUAUCAAGUAUGUUGAUAAAUGACACAAUUAAGUGUCCCUAUUUUGUGAUUAAUUUUAAUUAAUGCCUAAAUAUAAUUACCCAAACUGAUUUUCCUCUGUGCAUGUAAAAAUAGCAGUAUUUUAAAUUUGUAAAGAAUGUCUAAUAAAAUAUAAUCUAAUUACA